GAUGUACGUAUUGGUGUUGGUAGACAUCGUGAUAAGCUGGAACAAAUUCGGGAUUCAUUACGUCCGUUUGAACAAACCGGUAAUAUGGAAGCAUCAACUGCGACAGCAACGACAACAGUACCAUCAUCAUCACCUAACAAUAACAAUAAUAAUAAUAAUUUUACAGUGGAAGAUGAAACACGACGACAAAUUUUGAUCAAUACAUUGACUCAAAUUGGUUUUGAUGAGCAAGCAGCUCUUUUAGCGCUUGAGCUUGUCCGUUAUUCAAGUGUAGCGGCAGCAGCUGAAGUUUUGUUAAAUCUCAAUAAAGAACAUGUCUUUCGACAGGAUUUACGUGAUUGUGGAGGAAAUUUUCAUGGAUCAUUAUCGUCAGUUGUAACUACCACUUCAUCCGCUCCAUAUAGCUGUAAUAAUAAUAGUAAUAAUAAUAAUGGUGUAAUUUCAAAUAAUACCAAAUUAAUGGUACCAACCGGUAUAACUGGUCAAGUAAUGGGAGCAGCACCAGUUUCCGGAAUAAUGUUAAAUGCUCAAUUACCAUCAACAUCAAUUCUAGCAAAUAUUGAUGAUAGCUCAUCAAGUCGAUCAAAUAGCCCACUGGCAAGGAUACCAAGUCCACCAGCAUCAGCUACUUCUUUUCA